AUGACCCAGAUAAACAGCCAUGUUGACCUAGAGAAAGGGAUAUUAUAUGGAACACUUUUGCAGAUUCGUGAAGCAGAUGAAUGCUAUUCCAGCAAGAAUCCUGAACUUGUCCAAGUUUGGACUGGUCUUAUUGAUCCAAGAAAAAGCAAGUUUUUGAUGCAGUUUUUAAAGAGAUUCUUUCCGUUAGAUGAAACAUCACAACUAGAUCAUUUCAAACGUAUACGAAAAGUGGAAGAACACUUACAAGUUUUCAUAUGCAAGUAUGAGUCUGAAGACCAAACUACUGAAAUUUUAGAGUUAGCGAGCAAGAUAGACCCUGAUUUCAUCAUUUCCAAUUUUAAAGUCAUAUCAGUGCCUCGACAUGUCCCAAACACCAAAGAGUUGACACAACAAUGGUCUGAACAGUACUGGCCAAUAACAUGGAAAGGAAACCCAAACCAUCAGUUUUUAAACUCUGUUUCGUUUGAUAUGGAUCAAGAAAAGGAAAUGGUCAAUAUGCUUUUAGACUCAGUUGACAAUUCUACAACUUCGCCUCCUGGAUAUUCGGUUCUGGGAACAUUGAUAGCUCAACAGAUUGGUGAUAAGCUUCAAGUAUGCACUAUUCAAACAACUGAGGGUAACAAAAAGAAUAAUCCAAAAGGGCAUAGUAUCAUGAAAGCCAUUUCCGAAAUUGCUACUCGAGAGAUUGAAAAUAGAAAAAACAAGGAACAUGACAGAGGGUAUCUCUGUACAGAUAUGAUUGUUUAUACUACACAUGAACCAUGUAUAAUGUGCUGUAUGGCACUAGUGCAUUCUCGUAUUGCGAGGGUAACCUAUAUAAACACGGCUAAAAACUCGGGUGGUUUAGAAUCGCAUUAUCAUCUAGGUGUCAUUGAUGGUUUGAAUUGGAAAUUUCAAAUCUGGAAAUGGCUCGGAAAUACUGAGAUUUUGAGGUUAGACGACAUCAAUAGGGAUAGAACACCAAGUAUAGAAUAUUAG